UAAAGUGGAUAACCCCUUUAAGGCAAAAACAAGCUGCAUCCUUAAGAGGUUAUUACUGGAAUGUAGGUACAAUUGGUGAGGCAGGGUUUGAAGCAGGUAGAAUAUGGCUCCAAAACGCCAUUCUAUUAUUUACAACAGAGUCAGUACAGUUUCUGCAGUGAUUUUUCUCAUUGCGGAUUUCCAGACAAGAGACAGGAAAACACCUAAGUAACAAUAACUAAAAUGAAGUCAAAGGUAACCUUGCAGAAAUUGCCCGUGGCAACAAAUCACACACAAGCGGCCGAUGUAAGCAACAAAGUUUUUUCUGUCUUUUAUGAUACAAAAACCGCUGCAUAGCAAACAGCAGGAGACUUCUCCUCUACCAAUAUGGUGUCAUUGUAACGUCACGCUAACAGGAAAUAGAAUUGAAUGCCGGAAAUAUGUGGCGCAUCAAUUAUUUCGCUCUUAACUGGAUUGAGAAUGAGUGUCACGGAGUGAAACAUCGAGGAAGUGAGAUUAUUUUUUUACAGGCAGUAUAAGAAAUGGAUGACUCACAAUGGUGUGAACUAAUGUGACUGGAGAUUUCCGUUCAAAACGAGACUCGUCACUUUUACACAACGCUGUGGACGGCUUGCUUUCAGUCAUUAUGUCCUGCAGCUCUGCUGAGAUUGAAACCCAUGAGAAAAUGGCAAGCUAUUGUAUUAACCCAACUGAUCUGUCAGAUGAGAUACUUCUACAAAUCUUAAGCUACAUACCAAGCACAGAUCUGAUUCUAAAUGUCAAAAAUACAUGUCGUAAAUUUGCAACUUUAUGUCUUGACAAGAGCCUUACCAACACUGUGUUUCUUCGUAAACAGUAUCAGGCCAGAGAUAAACAUGUGAAGCAAAUGCUCAGAGUGAUAUCUCGAGAGAUCUGUGAACUUGACAUAAGUGACUGCUACUGGUUGAAUUCCUCUACGGUGGAUAAUGUCUCAAGUUGUAGAAAACUUGUUAAAUUGGAUAUGACUGGCUGUUCUGUAACCUCUCUGCGGUUGUCUAAGAUUCUUACAAAUCUUAAAUUUUUGCGUUCAUUAUCUAUUGACAUCAAUGAAGGUUUUGACUCAGGACAGCUAAGUAGUGAAUGCAGAACUACCCUAGGACACUUAAGAGAAUUGAAACAGACUCUGUUUGUUCCAUCUUACGGUGUUGUGCCCUGUUGCACUAGUCUUGAAAAGUUGCUUCUUUACUUUGAAGUCUUGGACAGAACUCGUGAAGGAAUGAUAAUGUCUGGACAACUAAUGGUAGGAGAAAGUAAUGUCCCUCAUUAUCAAAAUCUGAGACUAUUUUAUGCCCGUCUUGCUCCUGGAAACAUAAAUGAAGAAGUUGUUAGACUGUACCUGGCAGUUCUUAGUGAUCGUACUCCAGAGAAUCUUAGAUCCUUUCUAAUAUCUGUUCCUGGAAGCUUAACAGAAAGCAGAGCUACAAAAAAUCUAUUUGAAUCCAUGGCAAAGAAUGUAAUGUUUGAGGCCUUCCAGUUACCAAAAUCAUGGCUUAAUGGAUCAUCUUUACUCCAACACAUGAAGUUUAGUUGUCCUUCAUAUUUGAGUUUUAGCCGCUGCAUGGUUUCUGGGGAACUGCUUAUUCAGACACUAUUAAAUGGUGAAAAAGACUGCAAGAGCCUUGUUAGUUUGAAUUUGAGGGGUUGCACUCUAUGCCUUAUUGCAAAUGUACCUUUUAAAAAGCCAGAUGAUGAUAUUGAUUGUUCACUUUUAGAUAGACUAAUAUCUGCAUGUCCAAACCUUGUACAUUUGAACUUGUCAUCGGCACACCAUCACAGUUCAGAUACAUCUGGAACACAUCUUUGUAAUAUUCUUUCACAUCUUGAAAAAUUACUUUCACUAUCUUUGCCAGUGUGUGCAAUAGCAGAUGGCAGUAAAAUAGGCAAAACUCAAUCUACUCUACCAUCUUCACCCAGUACUUCUGCUAUUACACUCAGCAAAAAGGUUCGUAUUGGGGCACAAACUUUUCAGGUGUCUGAAGAGCAAUGUAUGCUUAAAUUACAGUCUGCAUUUUGGAAACUUCUUAAGGCAACAUCAGCGUUGGAGUGCUUAGAAUUGAUUGGAUCAAAUUUUUAUUCAGUUAUGCCCCGAAAUGAUCCAGCAAUACGAAAUACUUACCCACCAUGUAAACGUUCCCACUCUGUGAGUGAUGGAGAUGUUGCUGCAAUCAGUCAACUAAAUUUUUUGCAAAGCCUUACUCUAGCCCAGCUGCCAGGAAUACUAACCGGCUCUUGCCUUGUGAACAUUGGCAGGAGCUGUCAGCAGUUGCGUACACUGUCACUGGCAAAUUGUGGCAUGAUGGGAAAAGUUAUGUUCAUGUCCUCUCUCUGUGAGAUGUUGACUCAUUGCAAACAUUUGAAAGAUCUGAGACUGGAACAACCAUAUUUCCCAGCAAAUGAUAAGUUCUUUCUGGCUCUUAGUCGCUGCUCAUCCUUGCAACGUCUAUGUAUUAUAUCGCGAAAUGGAAAUUUCCAAGCUGAUGCUGUGAUUUCAUUUAUUGACAAAUGUCAAGAGCUAGUCAUGUGUCAUCUGUUCACCGGAGAAACACUUGCGGCUUGUAAAAGCCUUCAGAAUGAUAUAAUAAAAAGGUUUUCUUUAGAACGACCGGCAUUGAACAUUGUAAUUUUCCCCUUGCUUCAUGAGAAUUUGGCUGAGGUGAUAAGAGAUGUUCCAUUGAUGCAUUUGGAUGAAAUAACUUUAUUCAAAAGUAGAGUGGCAGAGGAGCCCCCAAACUUAUGGCGCUAAUUUUUUUUACAGUCUGCAAAAACAAUCAGCAUGUAAAAAAGUCAGCAAUUGCCUUGCUUUGCAUUAUAUUGUAAAUCGUACAUCUUAAAAAUGUUUAAUAUGAACCAUAUUACAGCCACUAAAACAUGAAUAUUGUUUUUCUUUUUAUGUGAAAUUUUUUGGUACAAGAGGAGUUCCUAAUAUGUUAUUUUAAAAAUUUAUGAUCAUGCAAUUUAUUGGCAUAUUGUUAUUAUUUGUAAUGAUUAUAGUAAUACUUUACAGUCUUUGAAAUUAUUUUUGAUGUAUCCGUAAUUAAAGUUAUAAGGCUUUU